CAUCAUCAUUUCUUCUCCAAACAAAACCCUAAUCCCCAAAUCGUCACAUCUUCUCCCAAUUUCCAUGGCUAGAAAGCGAAAAUCUGUCGAUGCAGAAGCUCCUCAGGAACCUGGACCCGGACCCGAACCCGUGAAAUCUACUCAUCCUGACCCGAAAAUCGAACCCGAACAACCCCCAACCGAGGAAACCCUUGAACAAGGCCAAGGAAUCGCUGAAGCAGCAGUGGUUGAAGGUGUAGAACAGCCAGAGGUAGAGGGAGAAGAGGAGAAGCCGGACGAAAUUGAGGAGCAUAAAGGCGAUGCUGUCGUUGCUGAAUUGGAGAAGAACGAACAAGAGAGUGAAAUUGGCGAGAAGCCUUCCUCCGAAAAUGCUGCUUCUGAAAAUGGCGGUGAAGCUGAAGGACAGAAUGAGGAAGAGGAAGAUGGAUUGGAGGAGGAGCCGGUGGAGAAGCUCCUGGAACCCUUCUCUAAAGACCAGCUGACUCUUCUGAUUAAAGAGGCGGUCGCCAAACACCCUGAUGUAGUUGAGAGCGUGCACAAAUUGGCCGAUUCGGACCCUGCGCAUUGCAAGAUAUUUGUUCACGGCCUCGGGUGGGAGGCGAAUGCCGAGACGAUUACCUCCGUGUUCGCGAAGUACGGAGAGAUUGAGGAUUGUAAGGUCGUCAGGGACAAGAAUUCUGGGAAAUCAAAGGGUUAUGGUUUCAUUCUGUUCAAGCAUCGGCAUGGGGCCCGCCGCGCACUGAAGCAGCCUCAGAAGUUGAUUGAAGGUCGGAUGGCUUCAUGCCAGCUGGCAUCUGCCGGCCCAGUUCAGAGUCCUGCCCAAGCUACUGUGGCCACUGUUUCAACACCACAUACAUCAGAGUACACUCAGAGGAAGAUCUAUGUAAGCAAUGUGUCGGCCGAUAUCGAUCCGAAGAAACUUUGGGAGUUCUUCUCCAAAUUUGGAGAGAUUGAGGAAGGGCCUUUGGGGUUGGAUAAACAGACUGGGAAGCCUAGAGGUUUCUGUUUGUUUGUGUAUAGGAGUGUCGAGAGUGCCAAGAAGGCACUGGAGGAGCCGCAUAAAAAUUUCGAGAGUCAGGUUCUGCAUUGCCAGAAGGCAGUAGAUGGGCCCAAACACAGUAAGGGUCACUUCAACCAGCAGCAUGGUCAGUCGCAACAGCAGCCGCAACAGCAUCAUCACCAGGGACACCAAGGGUAUUAUCCACCAGCUAAGAAAGGUAGGUACGCUGGAAGCAGUGGUGCUGGGCACACAGGUGGACACUUAAUGGCACCGAGUGCAGGACCGGCUGUUCCUCAGAUGGGUUUCAAUCCAGCAGUUGCUCCGGCGGCUAUAGGACAGGCUGUGGCAGCUAUAUUGGCCACUCAGGGAGCUGGCUUGGGUAUUGGCAAUUUGCUUGGAGGGAUUGGAGCAGGUGUUAAUCAACAAGGAGUACCGCCAAUGAUGAAUAAUGCAGGCUAUGGAGGUCAAGUCGGUGCUGGGGGCUAUGGAGGUCAACCUGGGAUGCAGGGAGGUUACGGUGGCCAGCAGCAGAUGGGUCAGGGUGGCGUUAGGCCACAUCAGGGUGGUGCGCCCUACAUGGGUCAUGGUCACUAGGUAAGCCGAGGUAGAUUCUUCAUAAAUGCAUCAAAACUUUAGUUUUGGACUCUGGUGAUUCUUCUGAAGUUCGAGCAGUCAUGCAAAUGAAGUCUUUCAUUGUAGCAAAAGUUACUAUUUGCCAAAAGACUAGAAUCUAAAAUGUUUUGCUUUUCUAGUAAAUUGUCUCAAGUCUGUCGGAUAUUUUCUAAAAUGAUGUUUUACUUCAAUCCAAUAACAACUUUUUGAAAGUAUUGGGAACUACUGGCUAUGUUUACGACCCUUGUUUCUACAGGAUUCAAAACCGUGUCAAUUAAGUAUACUUAUCUACUUUCAACUUUAACUUUCACUUGAUGAUCUUCUGUUUUCACUAUCUGGAUAUUCCUUUAAUGUAAUAUUUAGCUCUAUCGUCUUAUUCUUUACUGCAUCAGCUC